CAAAUGUUUAUGAGAGAUACUAAUAAUCCCAGAAGUUAGCUUUUUUACCAUCCCAGGGCCAUAUGCUAUUAUAAAGUUACUCUUUACAAAUCAUCAUGCCAUUCCGCUCUCUAUAUCUUGCCAAGUCCGGCGGAGGAACCAAUCAACGCUCUCAUUUCGCACUCUUCAUCCCAAACGCAGAAUACGAUCGGGACACUAUUAGUGAAGACUUCCAAUCUCAAAAGGCCCUUGGUACAAGAAUACACGUCGUCGGAGAACCUCUGAUGUCAGGUUUUGCAUUCGAGGUCCAUAGGAAUUACAAUACCCAAGCCUACGCUGACCUAAAGCACUUGGUCUCUCUUGGGAAGAUCGACGAUUCAAUUCUCUACGAGUGCCCAGAAACUAUGGAAAUGAGAGAGAAUGCACCGAGAAGUAUUAUUGAACGACAUGCAGAAUCUGUAACUCCACCUCCCAAAGGACAAAACAUACGUGCACCAAUUGAUAGGGUGAAUACAAAAAGAUGUCAGGAAUGGACGAUGGAGGUUCUGAGCCUUCUGGUAGAGAAAGAGUUGAUUCCUUCAGAAGCUGUGAGCAUUGCGCAGAAGGAAAGAGAUCCGCCAACUAAGGGCAUUUUUGGCUAUAAAAGCCAAGAAAAAUAGCAACACGCGAGUUAUCAGAUGGAGGGAAGUCCA